AUGCCUCCCAAGAAGGCCGAAAAAGGCGGUGGCAAGAAGCCAUCCGCGACCAAGGCUGUCGAAGACAAGACCUUCGGUAUGAAGAACAAGAAGGGUGGUGCCGCUCAGAAGCAGAUUGCCCAGAUGCAGGCGUCGGCAAAGAACGGCGGCAACGCUGAACAGAAGCGCAAGGAGGCAGAGAAGGCGCAGAGGGAGAGAGAAAAGAAGGCUGCCGAGGACGCUAAGAAGGAGGCUGCACUGCUCAUGAACAAGCCUGCCCAGAUCCAAAAGGUUCCUUUUGGCGUGGAUCCCAAAACCGUUGUCUGCAUUUUCUUCAAGAAGGGCAACUGCGAGAAGGGAAAGAAGUGCAAAUUUUCCCACAACUUGGACGACGAGAGAAAGACGGAGAAGAGGAGUUUGUACACUGAUACUCGUCAAGAGGAGGAGGAGAAGAAGAAGGCUGAGACUUCGGCCGACUGGGAUGAAGACAAACUCCGGUCAGUCGUUCUCUCUAAGAAGGGCAACCAGCAGACCACUACGGACAAGGUCUGCAAAUUCUUCAUUGAGGCCAUCGAGGACGGUAAAUACGGUUGGUUCUGGAUUUGUCCAAAUGGAGGUGACAAGUGCAAAUACAAGCAUGCUCUGCCACCUGGAUUCGUCCUGAAGACCAAGGAACAACGGGCGGCAGAGAAGGCACUGAUGGACAAGUCACCUCUCAAGACUUUGACCCUCGAAGACUUCCUCGAGUCCGAACGACACAAGCUCACCGGAACUCUCACACCCGUCACACCUGAAUCGUUCGCCAAAUGGAAGAAGGAGCGUUUGGAUAAGAAGGCUGCUGAGGAACAGGCGAAGAAGGCCAAGGAAGCGACUGGUCGUGCGCUCUUUGAGAGUGGCAACUGGCGGUCAACAGAGGACGACGAAUCCGAGGACGAUGACGACGGUGUUUGGAACUUGGAGAAGCUGCGUGCCGAAACCAAGGCUUUGCGGGACAGAAAGGAGGAGGAACGCCUGAUGGCGGCCAACGGCGGUGUCGUGCCUCCAGAGUUGGGUACAGCGACUGCGGAAGCGUCCGUCUCUUGA